AUGGAGGAGAUAGAGGAGCAAAUAGGUGAUGAUGGGAUGGGGGGGGCUGAAGAGGCUGGGAAUGAUGAGUAUGAGGGAGAGGAGGGUGGGGACGAAGAGGAGGAGGAAGGGGAUGGGGAGGAGGGGAGGUGGGAGAGGGGGAAGAGGAAGAGGAGAGAGGGGGGUGAGGAGGAAGAGGGGGAGGGAGAGGAGGGAGAUGGGGAGGGAGAUGAGGAGGGGGAAGAUGGGGAGGGAGAGGAAGGGCCUGUGCAAGGAGGGGGAGCAAGUAGCAAUGAAAAUGGUGUUAUGGAUGGUGAUAUGGAUGUUGAUAUGGAUGGUGAUAUGGAUGGUGAUAUGGAUGGUGAUAUGGAUGGUGAUGUGGAUGGUGAUAUGGAUGGUGUUAUGGAUGGUGAUAUGGAUGGUGAUAUGGAUGGUGAUAUGGAUGGUGAUAUGGAUGGUGAUGUGGAUGGUGAUAUGGAUGGUGAUAUGGAUGGUGAUGUGGAUGGUGAUAUGGAUGGUGUUAUGGAUGGUGAUAUGGAUGGUGAUAUGGAUGGUGAUAUGGAUGGUGAUAUGGAUGGUGAUGUGGAUGGUGAUAUGGAUGGUGUUAUGGGUGGUGAUAUGGAUGGUGAUAUGGAUGGUGAUGUGGAUGGUGAUAUGGAUGGUGAUGUGGAUGGUGAUAUGGAUGGUGAUAUGGAUGGUGAUGUGGAUGGUGAUAUGGAUGGUGAUGUGGAUGGUGAUAUGGAUGGUGUUAUGGAUGGUGAUAUGGAUGGUGAUAUGGAUGGUGAUAUGGAUGGUGAUGUGGAUGGUGAUAUGGAUGGUGUUAUGGAUGGUGAUAUGGAUGGUGAUGUGGAUGGUGAUGUGGAUGUUGCUGACGGUGAUGAUGGGUAA